CGGAAACGAGCCUCCCAGAAAGGAAACGACGAAGCGUUGCCUAGCAGCGUUCCCCACCCCGCUUCCGCAUCCAAUAUAAAACGUUCCCAUUGGCUGGUCGCUCUCCUUCGGGAAAAAUGGCGGACCGACUAACGCAGCUGCAGGACGCGGUGAAUUCGCUUGCAGAUCAGUUCUGCAAUGCCAUUGGGGUGUUGCAGCAGUGUGCCCCUCCUGCAUCCUUCAGCAACAUACAGACCGCGAUCAACAAAGACCAACCUGCUAAUCCCACCGAAGAAUACGCCCAGCUUUUUGCUGCAUUAAUUGCAAGAACAGCUAAGGAUAUCGAUGUUUUAAUAGAUUCCUUGCCAAGUGAAGAGUCCACAGCUACAUUACAGGCUGCUAAUUUGUAUCGUUUGGAGGAAGAGAACCACGAGGCGGCUGCCCGUCUGGAAGAAGUCGUCUAUCGGGGAGACCUGCUCUUGGAAAAAAUACAGAGUGCCUUAGCUGACAUCGCCCAGUCCCAAUUGAAGACUCGGAGUGGCAGCCGUAGCCAGCCUCUCCCAGAAUAAUGGUGGCCUACGGCAAGGCUUAGCUAUGGCACAGGCUCCACAGAUGUGAUUUUGGUGCAAAAUGGAAGAGAAACGAGCAUCGAAUACGACUCCGGGUCCUUUAAUCCCCAGAACUAUUUAUAAGACUCGGCUCUGCUUACCGGAUGCAACACUUAAGCCCUGCCUUUUCCGUGGGGCUAUGUCAGCCUGAAAAGAUUUCUAGGCGUUUUGGUUCCAUGUAACAUCCCAGCCUGACACUUUGGUUGGCUUCAUUGUGACCUGGAGCCCCCGGCCUCCUGCAAAGAUCUCCUUGCGUCUUCGUGCCAACAACGUUGCAAUAUUUUAUUGUGAAUUUGCAAGGAGUGGAGAUGUUUGGUUGGAGGUUUUGUUUCUCACUGAAGAUACCUGUACAGUAUCCGGAAGUUCCGUAGAAGGGUGGGGAGAAAAGCAUUCUGGAAAACAAUGAAGCAGCGUCAAAUUUGUAGACAGUUCCACUUAGAAAUGUAAUGAUUGUAUAUAGUGAUUGCUAGUAUUGUGUGCUUUGAGUGAAAAGGUUCUGGAGAAACAGGUGGCUUUCCUGCCUUUUCCAACCAGCAUAUAACUGGUUAAAUUCAUUGACUCAAGACAAUGGAAGCUGAAAUAUGGAACGAACCAACUACUGUUAGAAACAGUGUCCUUUGUAGUAUUGGGUUUACGUGAAUAAAGGUUUGGUGUUGCAUUAAUCACA